GUUUUUUACUCUGCUAUGCCUUGCUGUGAUGUCACUGAUAUUUCUUUACCGAAAUCCCGAGUGGGGCCUGGAAUCUAUCAUAAUUCUACGCCAGAAAUAUGAUCUGUCUUCCUUCGGUGAGUUGUUUUACAAUACAAACAAUCCUUCUCUUCCUUAGUCCGUGAAAUCUAGGGCUAAUGUUUUCGCUCCAUGCUCCACAGACAAGUCACACAAGGGGUUUUGGGGGGAAUGCAGGAUAUUAAGGUAAAAAAACUCACGGGAAACGGGAUAUUUGUGGGGAAACAUUAACUGGAUAAGUCAAGUUUAGAACAAAUUUUCCUUGAUAUCGAGUGGGAAAAUUGAUAGUUGCUGAAGUUGAAAUUUACGGGACACGAGAUAUUUAGGCCAAAAAUUGACGGGAUAUGGGAUACACAGACCCAUUCUGGGGCCUCAGGAGUUAACAGCUGACUUCGCUACGCUGCCUCUAUUAAUUCCUUAGACUGGAAGAAACUUAAGCCUGACUUUUAACCUGUAAGACUGACGACACUUCUUUGCCUCUUGUGUAGCCAUCAUGACCGCUUUUUCCGUUGUAGAUAAAAAGACACUCCUUGAAGCCUAUCCUGAACACCUGUUGAUUCAUGGUGCCUACGAUAUGACGGAGGCAGCGGUAACCCUCAGUAAACACAGAGCUGUUGAACUAGAGGAACGGCUUCGUACGUUGUCCGACGACGACAGAAAUCCCAGAGAACUAACGUCAGAGCAGGCUCGAGCCUCUUCAACUUCUACAGCCACUCAUCAGUGUUCGUACGAAGGAUUACAAUCUUCAGAAAAAUUCCCAUCGCCUAACAUGAGCUGUGUGUUGCACAAGAAAACAGAAGAAGAAUGUAACAAGGCCUUCAAAUACUUUGGAGAGUACAACCUGACGUCCGAGCCGCCUCGAUGCAGAAAGCCAGCAAGUCGACCGAUCUGUACGUUUCUCUCCGAGUCCCGGUUCAGUCCUAGAGACAAGGUGUCAGUGACAUGCUGGAGAGACGUUUGUUCCAAAUCAUCGCCGAUUCUCCUUGGUUGUUCUGAUCCAGAAUAUGGGAUCGCAGACGAGGAAAAGAACUGGCUUAAAUUCCACAGCGUAGGCGAACUGGAGCAGGAGUUGCCCGGGAUAGUCACACAGAAUUCAAUCCAAGGUUUUAACUCUUGCCUUCUUAAGUGUAAAAUGGGAAGGACAAAAGUCAAGCAGGCUCUCAUUUUCCCGCCAAUUUUAAAACGCGCAGCAGAGAAAACCACGCGCUCAGCAAAGAAAAUAAAUGUGAAUAUUGUUCUCGAGGAUUCUGUUUCAAGAUCCCACUUUUACCGGUCCAUGCCACGGACGGCCCAGUCCCUUCGCGAUAUUUAUAGAGCUUCUAGCUUCCAGGCCACAGUUCUCGAUUUUGAGCUCGUUCAAAGUUAUGCGGCGUACACUCUUCUAAAUGCCCAAUUCAUGAUGGCGGGGAAAUCCCUACAAGGCACUAGCAGCAAUGGCAAAAAUCCAAAGCGAGUGAACGGUAUCAAUGUGCUUACUGAGAUAUUCAAACAAUUUGGUUACCAAACUUUAAUGCACGAGGACCUAUGCUGGUUCGAUGAAUGGGGAAGUUUUUUCUCGCCCGAUUACAAGAAAAAAGUGAAGCCCUUUACGGAGGCAUUUAAACGCGUCUUUGAAAGUUUUGAACAAGCAACUAGUCCGUACGUGGACAAUAAAGGCCUAACUUUGCUCUCCUGUGAUAUCUUAAAGGAGCUCGGUGCUACAAAUCCUUUUAGUGGAAACUACAAAAAUAAUCAUUGCUGGGACGGAAGAUCGAUGAGUGAAUAUCUUUUGUUUUACGUUAGGAGGUUUCUCUCGCUGGUCGAUCGAAACCCAGAAGUAGCGCCAGCACUAGCAUACACGCAUCUCAAUACAGGGCACGAACCCUCUGGAAAACGCAUUCGAAGUGAUGAUAUUAUUUUGUCCAAGUUCCUUGAGGAAAUGGCAAGAAGUGACAACACGCUGAGCAUUGUUCUUUCAGAUCACGGUGGCAAGACAACGGACUACGCGAUCGAGACACUUCCAGGCAGCUUAGAAGUGUACAGCCCAAUGUUCUUUAUGAUAAUUCCGCACAAAGUUGCAGAGCGGCUUGGUAAGGAUAGGAUGAAUGCGCUUAUUCUAAACCAGAAACGCCUAGUCACGGUUUCAGACUUACAUCACACACUUACAUCUAUUGCAGCAAUGACGGACGACGAAAGCGCAAAUGUCGAAGCCAGCGGAUUGUUUAAACCUGUCUCGCCAAAUCGCACUUGCGCAGAUAUAAAAGGUCUUUCCUCUGAUGUCAAGUGUCGAUGCCAGGGCUGGACAAAGCUUCUGAGCCCUCAAUCGACUGAUGUGAUUUGGCUAGCGGAGUUUGCCCUCGGGCAAAUCAAUAACAUGCUACAGACGCAAUACUUGCGAGGAGUGGGUAGAACAAAAGCAAAACGCAAUAGUGGAUUCGGUAAUUGUGCCAGAUAUGUAGGAAAAGCAAUUGAGCGGCCGAGACAGGAGCUUGUCGGCAAACACUACAUUACUACGUUAGUUUUAGUCGUUGAACCAGCUUACGGCGUAAAAUCGAAAGAACGAUUUGAAGUUCAUCUUAAACAUUCAAGCGUUCGCGAACACAGCAUCACCUUGAUAAAAUACACGCGACUUAGCUUCUACAGUAAAUACAAAACUUGCGUCGAUAGACUCGUGGACGUCCAGCUUUGCACAUGCGCGGUGCACCAUUCAAACAAACACGAGAAGCGCGGAGGAUCGGCCGUGGAAAAACUAAUCCGCACGCGCCAUUUUAUAGACUACGGAAUGAAAAGCACCACGCGUUUUCUCGAAUCCAAAUGCCUAUUGGUCACGAUCCGAUAUUUAAAAAGGCUGGUUGUUUCCAAGAAGCAAACUCGCUUAUUGAGCAUCGAAGUCGCGAAUGUUUGCAAAGACAAUACCAUGAGAGUCAAACUCGGGGGAAUCCACAAGGACACGCGGUUCUCAGUCGCUUUACCAGUGUCCCUUGUCGUUAAGCCAAGGACCAUACAGUUUGUACUUGCAGCUCUCAAUGGCUGGAAGUACGGAUUAUUUAAACCAGUUUUUGUGCAUGCUCCAUAUGUACAAUCGAAGAAAGGUUACGUGAAAGAUACGUGACAAAUACAAUUAAGUCAUCGU